AUGAAGACCAAGAAACAAAACACCAAUAACCAAAUGAUUGGUGAUAAAUUAGCUCAGAACAUCAACAAAGCUGAUAAGUAUAGAAUAAAUAACACCAAAGAGACAGAGCAGCAGAAGAAUACCAACAACAUAAGCAGGAAAAUGAUCAAAAGGCAAGAAAAACAGAAAAGAAAUAAUAAGAAACAAGAGGUGGAGAAUAACAAUAAUUUGUAUAGUGAAUCUGAAUCUGAGGGGCAAAUUAUUAAGCAACAGCAGGACAAAUACAAAAGGGAGAUGAACAACAACACAGAAGAGGAGGACUUGAACGAUAUAUCUUGUGAGGAAGACUCUGAUAAUGACACAGAUCAAGAGGAAGAAGAAUCAACCUAUGACUCUGCUACUGAAUCUGAAGAAUCAGAUGAUCAACAAGACUCUGAUAGUGAUGCAGUGGCAAAUAGUCUAUCAGAAGCCUUUACAGGACACCAACCAAAUGAAGAAAUUGCAGCUGCAUUUGGAGAUAUUGCUGAUAAAGUCAAAUUGUCGCCUAGAGGAGAAUCCUCUUUUAGGGUAGAAAGGGAUACAAUCAAAGGCAAAGGGGACAGAGCUCAAUGA